UCUUCUUCGGUUUCGGUUUCCUUUCUUAAGAAGUAUCCGCCCACUGAUUUAUUAAGGCAAGCUCUCUCAUGCAAGAGCAUCAGUGCAAAGCAAGAGCAUCCCGGUUUUGCUUGCUUCAGUAAAGUCGACCAAAGAUGGAUCCACUCACACUUAUCGGAGCCGGUAUAGGAGCAGUCGCGACGGUCGUUGCAGCUCCUGCUGUUCUGACGGCGGCGGGGUUCACUGCGGGUGGAAUCGCUGCAGGGUCCGUCGCCUCGUCUUUGAUGUCAGCUGCCGCUGUGGCAAACGGAGGAGGGAUCGCGGCUGGAUCCGUGGUGGCAACUCUCCAAGCUGCUGGUGCUGCUGGAAUCCCUUUGGCAGGUCAAGCCAUCGUGGGAGCUGUGGGAGCCGCUAUGGGUGCCGCUGCCGGCCUGGCUAGCAACUGUACUUCAUAAAUAGUUCUGUUCAAAGCGUUGUAUCAGUAAAUAGCGCUGUAUACCUACCUACCUCUAUAUAUGUUCACUAUUAGUCUCAGUGGUCAGAAUGCUGUGCUGUAUCCGUAGCUUCAGGUUUAGGAGCGUGUGAGAACAUCUUUUCUUACAUAUCUAAAUUCUUUAAGGGUGCUGUUUAUAGCGUUGACAAUACAAGACAAAAAAAAAAAAAAACAUAGAUAUGAUAAACCGAUUUUGUGUAAUUCACUUUUACAUCUCUGUAUUCUGGAACCAUAGGGACUAUAUUUAUGUGCACAACAAACAUAUAUAGCCUAAGUUAUAAGAGUUAUAAGUUAUUUCUAUUGGAUUCCACCGUGUCUUUCCUACUGGGUAUGGCUUUCUAAAGGUUUCAAAAGCGAGCACCUAAUGUAUGGUUGCAAACGUUUGCAUUUAAAAUAUGUAGAGACCUUGUUUAAUGUAAUUAGGUAAAUGUAAUAAACAAUUGAAAUCAUUAAUAAACA